GCGGAGGCAGAAGCAGAGAGGAUUCUGGAAAGGUCUCUUUGUUUUCUUUUCCACUGAGGGCGCAGAAAUUCCAAUUAAUUUGUAAGCCACUGGAGCCAGAAAACCUGAACCAUUGUAGAGGAAGGCAUCCAAGAUUCAUCACCGUGGAUGGGGGUCUUUGUUUUGCUGUGAUUUAUUUUUUCCCCCAGUUCUCUUUUCACCAGUGGCACUGCUGUAGAUCAAGCAGAUACCCCUACGUGCUGGCAAUUUGGAUCAAGAGAGGUCUGCGGAAAUGUCCUGACUCCAUAAUGUAAUCAGUCAGUGAUUCACCAUACGUGAAGGGACAGGAUGCUCUCAAAGUAAGGUUUGGCGCCUCAAGAGAGAACUGUAAAUACCACCCUUACGAUUAGUGGACCUAGUUUCUUCAAGGUGCUGGCCGCUGAAGGGAUCAGGUUACAUUUUGACUUACUGUCAACUGCUUAUGUUUUACCCCUGAGAUGAGAUUCUUAUGCAAGUGGCUAAACGUAAUUAAAUUUGCAGGAUGAAAAGAUGGCACAGGCACUGUUGGUACCACCAGGACCCGAAAGCUUCCGCUACUUUACUAGAGAAUCUCUUGCUGCUAUCGAAAAACGUUCUGCAGAAGAAAAAGCUAAGAAGCCCAAACAAGAACAUAAAGAGGAUGAUGAUGAGGAUAAGCCAAAGCCAAACAGUGACUUGGAAGCGGGAAAAUCCCUUCCAUUUAUUUAUGGAGACAUUCCUCCAGGAAUGGUGUCUGAGCCCCUGGAAGACCUGGACCCAUACUAUAUUAACAAAAAGACUUUUGUAGUAUUGAAUAGAGGAAAGGCAAUCUUCCGAUUCAGUGCCACAUCUGCCUUGUAUAUAUUAACUCCUCUCAACCCUGUUAGAAAAAUUGCUAUUAAGAUUUUGGUACAUUCCUUAUUCAGCAUGCUCAUUAUGUGCACUAUCCUGACCAACUGUGUGUUUAUGACCAUGAGUAACCCUCCGGAGUGGACCAAGAAUGUAGAGUACACAUUCACUGGAAUUUAUACCUUUGAAUCACUUGUAAAAAUUCUGGCAAGGGGCUUCUGCUUAGAAGAAUUUACUUUCCUUCGAGAUCCAUGGAACUGGCUUGAUUUCAGUGUCAUUUUGAUGGCAUAUGUGACAGAGUUUGUGGACCUGGGCAAUGUCUCAGCAUUGAGAACGUUCAGAGUUCUCCGAGCGUUGAAAACUAUUUCGGUCAUUCCAGGUUUGAAGACUAUUGUGGGGGCCCUCAUCCAGUCCGUGAAGAAGCUCUCCGAUGUAAUGAUCCUGACUGUGUUUUGUCUGAGUGUAUUUGCUCUAAUAGGCCUGCAGCUAUUCAUGGGCAACCUGAGGAACAAAUGUUUGCAGUGGCCUCCAGGCAAUUUUACUUUCGAGAUAAACAUUACUUCCUACUUUAAUAGCACAGUGGAUACAAAUGGGACAUUUGCUAAUACAACAAUGAGCACAUUUAACUGGAAGGAGUAUAUUGAAGAUGAAAGUCAUUUUUACGUUUUGGAAGGACAAAGAGAUGCUCUGCUGUGUGGUAAUAGCUCAGAUGCAGGCCAGUGCCCAGAAGGAUAUGUGUGCAUGAAAGCUGGUAGAAACCCCAACUAUGGCUACACGAGUUUUGACACCUUCAGUUGGGCCUUCUUGUCUCUAUUUCGGCUGAUGACUCAGGACUUUUGGGAAAACCUUUACCAGCUGACGCUCCGUGCUGCAGGAAAAACAUACAUGAUAUUUUUUGUUCUGGUGAUUUUCUUGGGAUCGUUCUACUUGGUGAACUUAAUCCUGGCUGUGGUCGCCAUGGCCUACGAAGAACAGAAUCAGGCGACCAUGGAAGAAGCAGAGCAGAAAGAGGCUGAAUUUCAGCAGAUGCUGGAGCAGCUCAAAAAGCAACAGGAGGAAGCUCAGGCAGUAGCAGCAGCAGCAGCUGCGUCAAGAGAUUUCAGUGGAAUAGGUGGGCUAGGGGAGCUCUUGGAAAGCUCUUCAGAAGCAUCGAAGUUGAGUUCAAAGAGUGCUAAAGAAAGGAGGAACAGAAGGAAGAAAAGAAAACAGAAAGAGCAGUGUACAGGAGAGGACGAAGGAGAGGGCGAAAACUUCCCCAAAUCCGAAUCUGAAGACAGUAUCAGAAGAAGAAGUUUCCGAUUCUCCGUGGAUGGAAGCCGACUGACCUAUGAAAAGAGAUUCUCUUCUCCGCACCAGUCUUUGUUGAGCAUCCGCGGCUCCCUGUUUUCCCCAAGGCGAAAUAGCAAAACGAGCCUUUUCAGCUUCAGAGGUCGAGCAAAGGAUGUCGGCUCUGAAAAUGACUUUGCCGAUGACGAGCACAGCACUUUUGAAGACAACGAGAGCAGGAGAGACUCCCUCUUCGUGCCGCACAGACACGGAGAACGGCGCAACAGUAACGUUAGUCAGGCCAGUAUGUCAUCCAGGAUGGUGCCGGUGCUUCCAGCAAACGGGAAGAUGCACAGCACUGUGGAUUGCAAUGGUGUGGUGUCCUUGGUGGGUGGACCGGCGACCCUUACGUCACCUACUGGACCGCUUCCGCCAGAGGGCACAACUACUGAAACUGAAGUGAGAAAGAGAAGGUUAAGUUCCUAUCAGAUUUCCAUGGAAUUGCUAGAAGACCCAUCUGGAAGGCAAAGAGCAAUGAGUAUAGCCAGUAUACUAACCAACACUAUGGAAGAACUCGAGGAAUCUAGACAGAAAUGUCCACCUUGCUGGUACCGAUUUGCUAACACUUUCUUGAUCUGGGACUGCUGGGAACCCUGGUUGAAAGUGAAGCACAUCGUCAAUCUGAUUGUGAUGGAUCCGUUUGUUGACCUCGCCAUCACCAUCUGCAUUGUCUUAAACACCUUGUUCAUGGCCAUGGAGCAUUAUCCCAUGACUCCUCAAUUCAGUAAUGUGCUUUCUGCAGGAAAUCUGGUUUUCACUGGGAUCUUCACAGCAGAAAUGGUUCUGAAGAUAAUUGCCAUGGAUCCAUAUUAUUAUUUCCAAGAGGGCUGGAAUAUCUUUGAUGGCAUUAUAGUCAGCCUUAGCUUAAUGGAGCUUGGACUGGCAAAUGUGGAAGGAUUAUCAGUUCUCCGAUCAUUUAGACUGCUUCGAGUUUUCAAACUGGCAAAGUCGUGGCCCACAUUGAAUAUGCUGAUAAAGAUCAUUGGCAACUCAGUGGGGGCCCUGGGAAACCUGACCUUGGUGCUGGCCAUCAUUGUCUUCAUCUUUGCCGUGGUCGGGAUGCAGCUCUUUGGCAAAAGCUACAAAGAAUGUGUCUGCAAGAUCUCCAGCGACUGUGAGCUCCCACGCUGGCACAUGUAUGACUUUUUCCACUCUUUCCUGAUUGUGUUCCGCGUUCUGUGUGGAGAAUGGAUAGAGACCAUGUGGGACUGUAUGGAAGUUGCAGGCCAGACAAUGUGCCUUAUUGUCUUCAUGCUGGUCAUGGUGAUUGGCAAUUUGGUGGUACUGAAUCUAUUUCUGGCCUUGCUUCUGAGCUCCUUCAGUUCAGACAACCUUGCUGCUACCGAUGAUGAUAAUGAAAUGAACAAUCUCCAGAUUGCAGUGGGAAGGAUGCAGAAGGGAAUAGAUUAUGUGAAAAAAAAGAUACGGGAAUUUGUCCAGAAAGCCUUUGUUAGAAAGCAGAAAGCUACACAAGAAAUCAAAGCACUUGACGAGCUAAACAACAAGAAAGACAGCUGCGUUUCCAAUAAUAUUGUAGUAGAAAUGAGCAAAGAUCUUACUUAUCUGAAAGAUGGGAAUGGAACUACAAGUGGUGUAGGUACAGGCAGUAGUGUGGAAAAGUACAUAAUUGAUGAAAAUGAUUAUAUGUCAUUCAUAAACAACCCCAGCCUCACCGUGACUGUACCAAUUGCUGUUGGAGAAUCUGACUUUGAAAAUGUAAAUACUGAAGAGUUCAGCAGUGAGUCCGAAUUGGAAGAAAGUAAAGAGAAACUUAAUGCCACCAGCUCCUCUGAAGGCAGCACCGUUGAUAUCGCUCCCCCGCGAGAAGGAGAACAAGCUGAAAUUGAGCCUGAAGAAAACCUUGAACCAGAAGCCUGCUUUACAGAAGGUUGCAUUAAAAAAUUCCCAUUUUGUCAAGUAAGUAUAGAAGAAGGCAAAGGAAAAAUCUGGUGGAAUCUGAGAAAAACGUGCUAUGGCAUUGUUGAACAUAACUGGUUUGAGACUUUCAUUGUCUUCAUGAUCCUUCUCAGCAGCGGUGCUCUGGCUUUUGAAGACAUAUACAUUGAGCAGAAAAAAACAAUUAAGACCAUGCUGGAAUAUGCUGACAAGGUGUUCACUUACAUUUUCAUUCUGGAAAUGCUUCUUAAAUGGGUAGCAUAUGGUUUUCAAACAUAUUUCACUAAUGCCUGGUGCUGGUUGGACUUCCUAAUUGUAGAUGUCUCCUUGGUUAGCUUAGUAGCCAACGCUCUGGGCUACUCAGAACUCGGUGCCAUCAAAUCUCUGCGGACACUAAGAGCUUUGAGACCUCUAAGGGCUUUAUCCCGGUUUGAAGGAAUGAGGGUGGUGGUGAACGCACUGGUGGGAGCCAUUCCUUCGAUCAUGAACGUGCUUCUGGUGUGCCUUAUCUUCUGGCUAAUCUUCAGCAUCAUGGGGGUAAAUCUGUUUGCCGGCAAAUUCUACCACUGUGUUAACAUCACAACUGAGGCCAUGUUUGAAGUUGGUGUGGUCAACAAUUUUUCUGACUGUCAGGAUCUGGGAAACCAGUCACGGUGGAAAAACGUGAAAGUAAACUUUGAUAACGUUGGAGCUGGCUACCUUGCCCUGCUUCAAGUGGCCACAUUUAAAGGUUGGAUGGAUAUUAUGUAUGCAGCUGUUGACUCACGAGAUGUCAAACAGCAACCUGUGUAUGAAGACAAUCUAUACAUGUAUCUUUACUUCGUUAUCUUUAUCAUCUUUGGAUCAUUCUUCACCUUGAACCUGUUCAUCGGUGUCAUCAUAGAUAACUUCAACCAGCAGAAGAAGAAGUUUGGAGGCCAAGACAUCUUUAUGACAGAAGAACAGAAGAAAUACUACAAUGCAAUGAAAAAACUGGGAUCCAAGAAGCCUCAGAAACCAAUACCUCGGCCUGCGAACAAAUUCCAAGGGAUGAUCUUUGAUUUUGUGACCAGACAAGUCUUUGAUAUCAGCAUCAUGAUCCUCAUAUGCCUCAACAUGGUAACCAUGAUGGUAGAAACAGAUGACCAGAGUAAAGACAUGACCGAUACUUUGUACCGGAUUAACUUGGUGUUCAUCGUGCUGUUCACGGGAGAAUGUGUGCUGAAGCUGAUCUCCCUCCGCCAUUAUUACUUCACCAUUGGCUGGAACAUCUUUGACUUUGUGGUUGUCAUUCUCUCCAUCGUAGGCAUGUUUCUAGCCGAGCUGAUAGAAAAAUACUUCGUGUCCCCGACCCUGUUCCGAGUGAUCCGUCUGGCCAGGAUCGGCCGGAUCCUGCGGCUCAUUAAAGGAGCCAAGGGGAUCCGCACGCUGCUCUUUGCCCUGAUGAUGUCACUGCCUGCCUUGUUCAACAUCGGCCUCCUGCUCUUCCUGGUCAUGUUCAUCUACGCGAUCUUUGGCAUGUCCAACUUCGCCUACGUCAAGAGGGAAGCUGGGAUCGACGACAUGUUCAACUUCGAAACCUUCGGCAACAGCAUGAUCUGCCUGUUCCAAAUCACCACCUCCGCCGGAUGGGACGGUUUGCUCGCGCCAAUCCUGAACAGCGGACCCCCAGACUGUGACCCUGAAGCAGUUCACCCCGGAAGCUCAGUUAAAGGAGACUGUGGCAACCCCUCUGUUGGGAUUUUCUUUUUUGUCAGUUACAUCAUCAUAUCGUUUCUGGUGGUGGUGAACAUGUACAUCGCCGUCAUCCUGGAGAACUUCAGCGUGGCCACCGAAGAGAGCGCCGAGCCCCUGAGCGAGGAUGACUUUGAGAUGUUCUAUGAGGUGUGGGAGAAGUUUGACCCCGACGCAACCCAGUUCAUAGAGUACAGUAAACUCUCUGACUUUGCCGCGGCUCUGGAUCCCCCACUCCUCAUAGCCAAACCCAACAAAAUCCAGCUCAUCGCCAUGGACCUGCCCAUGGUCAGCGGGGACCGGAUUCACUGCCUCGACAUCUUAUUCGCCUUCACCAAGCGCGUUUUGGGGGAGAGUGGAGAGAUGGACGCCCUCCGCAUACAGAUGGAAGAUCGGUUCAUGGCAUCCAAUCCCUCUAAAGUGUCUUAUGAGCCCAUCACAACUACUCUGAAACGAAAGCAGGAGGAGGUGUCUGCUGCUAUCAUCCAGCGUAAUUUCAAAUGUUAUCUUUUAAGACAAAAGGUCAAAAAAUUGUCAAGUGCAUACAACCAGGAGAAAAAUAAAGGCCGGGUUGACCUGCCCAUCAAAGAUGAUGUAAUUAUCAGUGAACUGAAUGGGAAUUCCACUCCCGAAAAGACAGAUGAGAGUUCUUCUACCACCUCUCCACCCUCCUAUGACAGUGUGACAAAGCCCGAUAAAGAAAAGUUCGAAAGGGAUAAGCCUGAAAAAGGAAGUAAAGGGAAGGAUGUCAGGGACAAUAAAAAGUGAAAAGAAACAAAGAAUUCUCUUUGUGAUCAUUGUUUACAAGCCUGCGAAGGUGAUGUAUUUGUGUCAACAGAACUCCUUGCAGAGGACUAUGCCAAACUGACUGUUUUUACAAACACAUUCUUAAGGUCAGUGCCUAUAAUGAGACAGUGACCCCUUUGUCAGCAAAAUGACUGUAAAACAGGGUAGGAUUUUGACAGGAGGAGUACUGUUUUCACUACCAGCUGACACUGCUGAGGAGGAGACAAAAUGGCUGCUCAGACUGUAGGGACCAGCUUAGUUGUACAAAGUGAUAACUGUGUGCAAAAUAAAAACAAAACACCUUUAGUACCACAACUGUUUCCUACGUUUGUAUUUCAUCUACCGGUUCUGCCAUACUUUUUUAUCUGUUGUGUAGGUCGGCAGAUUUAUCAUUGAUUUACAGGCUCUUCUUUGCGAUUCCUUUUCUAAAUGGAUUUUGGGUUCACGAACAGGUAAGGAGACCGAGUUUUUAACCCCUGAUUCUCUCCAGCAUGCAGACAGGGGUGAUUUUCGUGUCCGGUGCCAACAAACACCACAUCAAAAUGCUUCAGCUAUUUUCCUUGUUUCAGGUGACUCUAACUUGGGUGUCUUCACGGUGUAUGUUCCCAACGGACAAAUUUCAGUGCACCUGUAAAGCCUCCUUCAGUUUUCCAUAAAAAACAAAUGGAUUGCUGUUAUGCAAAUUACUCUAUUUCAGCAAGUGCAAAUUUCACCCUAAAUCUGAGUCCUGGAUUCUAUUUCAGUUAAAUGUUGUUGUUGAGAAAGCAGACUAAUGAUCAGCUCCUGGAAAAGUGACAAGAAAACAAAUCAUUUUUGAAUUGUCGUUCCACUUUCUCCCGCAGUAUUGCUUAGCCAUCCGAUGCCUCCGCCAAGCUGACACGUUGUGUCAAUGAAACGCCCUCUGUUAUGUAAAUAGUUAUUUUAUCCUGGGGUGCACGUCUGAGCAAACGUAUAUGGCCAGAUAAACAACAGCUAUUAAAUCAAAUAUGUACCACAGUCUCUGUGUCGUUUUGCAAGCUUUCAACAGGUAAUAUGACGUAACCUGUACCAUUCAUUGUACGUAAAUCGUUUGGGCCACGGGUAAUAUGACGUAUCCUGUACCAUUCAUUAUACGUAAAUCGUUUGGAGACUGAUGCAUGUUAAUAUUGCCUAUGCUGCUGUUUCUUUCAGUCUUCAGAGAUCGUUACUAUAGGAAGCCAUAUGUUGGUGAUAAAGUGCGAAAUUAGUCAAUCAGACUUCUGUCCUUCAUGCCAUUAAAGAUAGUUUGCAGUUAAGAGCGCCUUUAGUUUUGCAUUUAAAACUUUCACUGAAUGCCACAUGGCCCAGAGCCAGGCUGUAAGAGAAAGUCCUGCAAACUGCCUAUUCUGAUGGUGGGCGGGAGGAGGGUGGAGGGGACUUGUACUUCAUAUUUUGCUAAAGAAAAAUCUGUUGAAAUGUGUUUUAAAGGUAUAAAUACUGUAAAAAAAAUUCCAUUGAUUUGUCGACAUUUUGUACAUAAGAAAAUUAUUUUCAGGUUGAUGUCAUGGCCAGUUGUUUUACUUUCUGCUGUUGCUUUUUUUAAAAAA